AUGGCGAUCCUGCGCGCUGCAGCGCUGGUGGCCGCACUCGGCACGCUGGCCGAUGCGUCCACGGAUAUCCCGGCCCAGCUGUAUGGGAACACGGCCUACUCCCAGCCCACGACCCCCUCGGAGCUCCCCACCGCGCUCUCCGACCUCGUCAACACCGUGAGCAACUUGACCUCCUUCUCGUACAACCUGCAGCGCGCGCUGCUGUGGAGCGCCGGCUGGGUGCGCGCCAACCCCGACACUGCCGGCUCCAGCUCGGCGUUCGACGACGUGUCGAGCGACUACGUGCAGGUGUACGUGCUCUGCGGCCGCACCAUGGCCGACGUGUUCCAGUCCGCCUCCGCCUUCGACAACGACACGGCGUGCCCCAUCCUGAACUGCAAGAGCAACGUCAUCACAUACACCGAGGCGAGCUGCGACGUCGACUUUGCGGCCGAGAAGGCGCUCUGUGCGCUGAGCUCGGGCAUCACGGUGACGCCCAAGUCGCACGACGGGCCCCUGUGGUCCCUGGACGGACAGAUCGACGCCGACAGCUUCGACCCGCAGAUCUACCAGUACGCAGGCAGCACGAACAGCACGACGCUGUACAUGUUGGCCCAGAAGAGCUCGUGGAGCAUGACCGACGACUCGUGCCCUAACAGCGCGACGUUCAUCGAGCCCUGCAUCAGCGUGGACGCCAGUUCUGUCGAGGAGGACGCGCAGGAGAAGACGUGGUGCGAGCCGGAGAUCGAUCUCGGGGUGCAGCGCUGGCUGGCGGAGGAAUACGCGGCCAAUCUUGCGUCCAGUGGCGGGGGCUCGGACUCGUCGUCCAAAGUUUCGUCCACUGUCGCCAUUAUUCUAGGAGUCCUCCUCGGAAUCUUCGUGGUCGGGUGUAUCGUCUUCUUCUUCAUGUGGCGCCGCUCCAAGAACUGGCACAAGGACGGACUGCACGACAACGACCAGAACACGUUCUUCAUGCAGGCGCAGUCGUUCCGCGGCAACCAGCCGCAGGGCGGGGGCAACGUCUCGGGCCAGUACGUGUCCAACAACGGGCCGCACCCGAGUUACGACAACGCCAUGCAGAUUGAGGCGGUGAACGAGAGCUUCCGCAUGCGCUCGCCUGAACUGGCGGCCUUCUGCGACGACCAGGAGCUCAUGCUCAAGCGCAUCGCGUUCGCAGGUAUCAUCUACAGGGAGCAGAUGUCGAGCGGACCGAACGGAGAGGUGUGGCGUGGAGAGUACGAGGGCCAGCAGGUGGCUAUCAAGUGCACAGUUGCGGCUGCAGUCGCAAGCGCCGCCGCCGCUGCCAACGCCAGUCGCGGCUCCAAUGCCAUGAACGCGUCUGCUCUGGUCAAUGACAAGGAGCUCAAGGCCCUCGUGGACUUCACCAAGGAGAUCCGCAUGGCUGCGUUCCUCGACCACCCGAAUAUCGUCCGCUUCGUCGGCCUGUCGUGGCGUACACUGCCCGAUCUGUGCAUGGUGUCGGAGUACGUUGCGCUCGGAGACCUUGCGCACUUCCUUGCCCAACCGGACAGCAAGAGUUUGACCUGGAGGGAGGACAAGCUGCCUAUCGCGGCGGACAUCUCGAACGCACUCGUGUACCUGCACUCGUUGUCGCCCAUUGUGCUGCACCGUGACCUCAAGUCGCUGAAUGUGCUGCUGACCGAAGACCUGCAGGCCAAGGUGAGCGACUUCGGCCUCAGUCGGGAGACGAGCUUCGACGAGACCAUGACUAGCGGCGUCGGCACGCUGCUCUGGACUGCGCCCGAAGUGCUGCGCGGAGAGCGGUACUCGGAGAAGGCCGACAUCUACUCUUUCGGUGUCGUGCUGGCCGAACUGGACACGUGCAUGCCCCCGUACGCCUACAGCCAAGGCGGGCGCAAGAACAAGGGCAAGAACGACAUGGACUGGGUGCCCCUCAUCGCCAGCGGGCGCGCGUCGCCUCCGUUCCGACCUGACUGCCCGCGCGCGAUCCGCGACCUCGCGGCUCAGUGUCUCGACCAAGACCCGAGCAAGCGCCCGCCCGCCAUGCAGAUAGUGUACAUGCUGCGAUCCAAGAUCCCGCCCACGCUGUAA